AUGGCUUAUCAUACCCGAAGAUUGCCUCUCGGCUUUCUGUUUUCCUAUGAUUAUUCGAAAAUCAAGAAUAUGUCUCGUAAAACUAUUUAUAACGUUGGCACCGGGCGUCUCGGUCCACCGAUCAUCAAACACCUCCUCAGAAACGGGUUCAAAGUCAGCGUGCUGACCCGCAAUCCAUCUCUCGCGAAACUCUCUGCAGACGUCGAUGUUAUCGGAGCCGAUUAUUCAUCAGCCGAGACUCUAUCGCCAAGCCUAGUAGGUCGCGGAUUCGAUGCCAUUGUCAUUAUCCUCAACCGCCUUGCUUACGAUGCCUCGGUGGUUGCGAUGCAAGCAGCAGUCAAUGCUGGUAUUUAUCGCGCUAUUCCUUCGUUCUUUGGUGUCUCGCUCGAUAAUCCAGAAAUAGCCAAUAUGCCGUUCAUGAAGACCAAGCUACCCGUUCUGAACGACGUCUUGGCCAAGGCUCAGAAGGGCGAGAUCACAUACACAGGUAUAAAUACCGGCAUGUUUCUCGACUGGGUGCUUGAUGAAGACAUAUUUGUUGGUUUAUCUGGCAAGGCACCCAGUCGCGUUGCGGAUGGUGGAGACAUCCCCAUGUCUGCUACGACUCUCGAUGAUAUUGGGAAAGCAACCUCUGCCGUGCUCUUGAAGCCCGAAGAGACUGUCAAUAAGUUGUACUAUAUACAUACUGUGGUCAUGACACAGAAUCAGGUCUUGGGUUAUGCCCGUGAGGCUGCUCCAGGGGCGGACUUUGCUGUUGAACAAGUUGAUACCAAGGUGAUGGUCGAAGCUGCGUGGGAGCGGUACAACGAUGGAAUACGAGACCGAGUUUCAGUGAGGGACUUUGUUAUCAGAGCGAGUUAUGGCAUGGGGAAUGGGUUCUUUCCAAAGACUGACAAUGAGUUUCUGGGCAUUAGACAGUGGAGCGAUGAGGAACUGAAGGAAGAGAUAUUCAGGCGCGUACAGGCCAAGCCACCUGUGAGUCUCAAGGCUCCGGAAGAGUAG